UCAUCUCCUCUCAUUUCUAUAAAUGUAUAAAGGAGUUCGCAAACCUCAUUAUCUGUGUCUCUUUAGAGAUAGCAUUUGCUUCUUCUUCUUCUCCUUCUUCUUCAACACUACUAUUCGCCUUUGAAUUGCCGUCUUUCUCCGAUCUGAUAAUAUUCCGUUUAUCUCUUCUCGAUUGAUCGAUUGAUUUCUCAGUCAUACAACGAUAAAUUAAAGUGGAAUCGAAUUGAAGAUGAAGAUCACAUUGGAUUCGAUUUUUACGGGAUGUUUCAGGGCGGCGCCGGCGGCCGGGAAUGACGAUAUGCCGGCGACGCCGAAGAAGCCGAGGAGAGAGGCUAUUACGAAGCAGGCGUCGUUUACGAGGAUUCCGGCGACGGAGCUGAGCUCCUCCGCGCUGUCGGAGGAUCUGUCGAUCUCGCUAGCCGGUUCCAACAUUCACGCGUUCACACUGCAGGAGCUGAAAGUGAUCACGCAGAGCUUCUCCAGCAGCAAUUUCCUCGGCGAGGGCGGGUUCGGACCGGUCCACAAGGGCUUCAUCGAUGAUAAGCUUAGACCGGGUUUGAAGGCCCAGCCCGUUGCGGUUAAGCUCCUUGAUUUGGAUGGCUCCCAAGGUCAUAGAGAAUGGCUGACAGAAGUCAUAUUCCUGGGUCAAUUGAGACACCCACAUCUUGUGAAGCUAAUUGGGUAUUGCUGCGAAGAAGAACAUAGGCUUUUGGUCUACGAGUACAUGCCCAGAGGCAGCUUGGAAAAUCAGCUCUUUAGAAGAUAUUCAGCAUCACUUCCAUGGUCAACAAGAAUGAAAAUUGCUCUUGGAGCUGCAAAGGGUCUUGCCUUCCUCCAUGAAGCUGAAAAGCCUGUCAUUUACCGCGAUUUCAAAGCCUCAAAUAUCUUGCUAGACUCUGAUUAUGAUGGUAAGCUCUCUGAUUUCGGACUUGCUAAGGAUGGUCCGGAAGGUGACGACACUCACGUCUCCACCCGUGUGAUGGGUACCCAUGGUUACGCUGCUCCAGAAUAUAUCAUGACCGGGCAUUUGACUGCAGCAAGUGAUGUGUAUAGUUUCGGGAUUGUGUUACUUGAAUUGUUAACCGGUCGAAGGGCAAUAGAUAAGACUAAACCAAACAGGGAACAAAACUUGGCGGAUUGGGCACGGCCGCAGUUAAAGGAUCCGCGGAAACUCCGGCGGAUAUUGGAUCCGAGACUGGAGGGAAUGUUCUCGGAGGCCGGAGCACAGAAGGCGGCGCUGCUGGCGUACGAAUGCCUGAGCCACCGGUCAAAAAGCCGGCCGACAAUGAGCACGGUGGUCAAGACACUGGAACCUCUGAAGGAUUACAAGGAUGUUUCAUCUGUAACAUUCGUGUACACAGCCCCGACAGAAAAAGAUACAAAAACAGUAAGUACUGAAAAAGAUAAUAAAGGGGAAGAAGAGAAAAAGGAGUUGAAGAAAGAAAAUGAGGAGCACCGCCACAAGCACCACCACCAGCACCACCACCACCACCACCAGAACCGCCAUCAUCAGCAUGAUCAGAAACACAGGACGAGAAGUCCCAAUUCCACGACGGUUUACUCUGAAACAGCUCUGCAGCAGAAAUUAAGGUCGAAUAACUCUCCGUUACAUCAUGGAAUGAAGAGAGCUUAACCGUAUCAAGAUAAGAUGUUGCAAAUCAAAUUGUAUAUAUAUAUUUGCUUUUGUAUCAUCAGCAACUAUCAGUAUACGAUUUUUCAUUUCUUGAUUUUUUUUUUUUGUUUUGUUUAUAUAAAAUUUGAGAAGUUGUACUUACCCUUUUGAUCAGUUAAUAAUAUACACCGGAGUACUUUUUAUGGAUA